AGCAGCGCUCGCCGUGUCGCUGUUUAGGGAGGAUCGAGGCCGCGCGGGCGGGCAGGCGGAGGGAGUGUGCGGAGCGCAGCGCAGCGGGUCUGAUCGAGCCUGCGAUCACUGAUAAGGCUGUAGAGAGCAGCAGGAGGGGGAGAUAUGGAGCAGGAGGAGGGAGUCUGAGCGGAGAGAGGGGUCUGCAGGAGCGGAUGGACGCGGGGCUCUCCGGUUAGCAGCCACCAGCAGCACCAUGCUCCCCAGAAGUAUGAGGACGGCUGGGGUAGACCUGCCGGGAGUGGGGUCCAAGGAUGUGCCUCUGAUUGGCUACCGGCCUCUGCAGCCAGAGGCUAACCAAUUUCAGCUGACGGACCAAACGGGAAAAGAAGCUGGCACCAGAGAUCAGGACACCUCACAGGUCGAGGCUUCCCCCAUGAAAACCACCUGGUACUGCCCACUCAACCUGUCCACUGUGUCUGAGAAGGAGGAGGAUGGCAUCGUCUAUACAGUGGUAGUGAAGCCUCCUCAUGGCAGCUCCCAUCCGCAGUCUGUAGGCCAGCGCUCGCAGUGUGUGAAGGCCGGGACGGAGGAGAAGCUGGUCCUUCACCUCCUCCACUCCUUCUCUAUGGAGGACUCGUCCUUCAUCACCAUCUUCCUCUCUACCUACCGCUCCUUCACCACCACACAGAGGGUGCUGGACAUCCUGACGGACAGACUGGGAAAUCCACCAGGAGAGAAUAACAGCGCCACCCGUCAGGCUUUUAACAAGGCAGUGUGCACGGUGUUCAGCACGUGGUUGAGCGAGUACCCGGAGGACUUUCGGUCUCUGGGGGAUCCCUCCCGCUUGCUGCGCCUGGCCCCCCUGCUGCCUACUGAUGCGGCGGGUGCUGACCUCAAGGGCCGGCUGCUGAGGAUCGCCGAGGAGCUCAGCGAGAAAGCACUGAUUCCUGACCAGCCUCCAGACUCUGCCAACACUUUCCUCCAAAAUCCUCCAGACCCUAAGAAGUUUGAGGCCACCAGCAUCCUGGGCUUUCCCUCCAGUGUGAUAGCUGAGCAGCUGACUAAGAUUGAGACGGAGCUGUUCCUGAAGCUGGUGCCCUACCACUGCCUGGGUUCACUGUGGUCUCAGAGAGAUAAGAAGGGCAGGGAGGGAGUGUGCUGGUCAGUCAGAGCCACGGUUCGGCAGUUUAACCGUUUGGCCAACGCCGUCACCGCCUCCUGCCUGUGGCAGACAGAGCUGAAGACCCAGCAGAGGUCUCGGUUUCUGGAGAAGUGGAUCAGCGUGGCCGAGGCGUGCCGAGCGAGGAAGAACUUCUCAUCGCUGUACGCCAUUGUGUCGGCCCUGCAGAGCAACCCCAUCCACAGACUGAGGAAGACCUGGCAGGAGACUGACAGGGAGGCGGUGAAACGCUACGAGGAGCUUGCCUACAUUUUCUCGGAGAAAGACAACUACUCCCAGAGCCGCGAGCUGCUGAAAGAAGAGGGGACUUCUAAAACUGCUAAUGUAGACACUAAAAUCAACAACAGAAGACACACGUCCAGUGCUCAGGGCACUGUUCCAUACCUGGGCAUCUUCCUGACUGAUCUCACAAUGCUGGACGCUGCAGUCAAAGACAGACUAGAGAAUGGCUACAUUAACUUUGAUAAGCGGAGACGAGAGUUUGAGGUUCUGGCUAAAAUCCGGCUCCUCCAGUCGUCCUGCAGAAACAGCACUUUCCGAUCAGACGAGUCGUUUUUGCACUGGUACCACAGUGUGCCUACGCUGACCGAGGAGGAGAGCUACAGACUGUCCAAUCAGAUUGAGUCUCACGGUGACCCAAGUCCUGGACGAGCUCUGCACCCGACGGUGGUCAUCACAGAGUGUCCUGAUGCCCUCUCUACUGUGACAAGCGUUGAUGCCGAUGGAAUAUUUGACUUCCCUUCACCUGUCAAUCACUUGCUUUCAAAGCUCGCCAAGCACAUGAAAUCCCCCUCCGUCUCCUGUCUGGAUGUUGAUUCGUCCCCACCGCCCAAUGACCCCACCCCCUCUGCACUGACCACACCCACUGUCGUCAAAUCACAUCGCCGUUCCGUCUCCUGUGGCAACGCUCCCUCCACUGCCUCCCCGGGGGCGGGGCCGGACAUGAGAAUCGUCAGGAUACGGAUGGAGUUGCACGAUGGGAACUUGUAUCGGAGCAUUCUGGUCACCAGUAACGACAAAACUCCCACUGUAAUCAGCUCCGCAUUAGAGAAGCAUAACCAAGACCCUCGAGAGGCCUCCAAAUACGAGCUCAUCCAACUGCUUCCAGACGGAAAAGAGCUGACAAUACCCGCCACAGGAAAUGUCUUCUACGCCAUGACCUCAGCAAGCAUGGACUUCCUGCUCAGAAGAAGAGGGGGAAACACGCCGGUGGGCUCUCCAUCGCUCAACAACGAAACCAGCGCAACUUUUCCACGAAUCAAAGCCAAGGGCCGGCGACUCGUCCGAACACUGUUUUAACGCCAGUCCAAACAACUCCCGCGCUAGUCCCUGUAGUUCUGUAGACACAAAUGUGAAGGUAAAUGUGGCAGUACGUUCCUCCUAAUGUCCUGUAGCUUAUAGUACAGGUUCUGUCCUGCUUAAGGAAUUAAUCUGAGAGCGCUGUUUGACCAGCAGCCACGCUAGAAAGGAAUUGUUUACACAGGAAUCGACACAGUUUAGCCUUUGCCUGUGUAGUGUAGUCAGUUUGCUGUUUUUGUUUUUGCACAGGUUCUACCAGGCUAAUGAAGCUAAUGAAUGUAAAGUAACUGAGCUCAUGACUCCUGAAGACUCAUAUUCUACACUAGAGGAACUUUAGCCUUUUAAACCAGACAUAGCUUGCUUUGAUUUGAUUUCUGGUAAAAAAGAAAUCAACUAAAUACACAAUAAUCAGAUAAAAAAAACAUAUAAACUAGAACAUAAUUGGAAAUAUAUAUGAUCUUUACCAUAACUGUGGUAUACAGCUCUGGAAAAAAAUAAAAGACCACUUCAGUUUCUUCAGAAUCAGUUUAUCUGAUUUUGCUAUUUAUAGGUUUAUGUUUGAGUAAAAUGAACAUUGUUGUUUUAUUCAAUAAACUAAAGACAACAGUUCUCCCUAGUUCUAAAUAAAAAUAUUCUCAUUUAGAGCAUUUAUUUGCAAAAAAUGAGAAAUGACUGAAAUAACAAAAAAGAUGCAGAGCUUUCAGACCUCAAAUAAUGCAAAAAAAACAAUUUCAAAUUCACAAAGUUUUAAGAUUUCAGAAAUCAAUAUUUGGUGGAAUAACCCUGGCCAUGUUCUCCUCCACCAGUCUUGCACAUUGCUUUUGGAUGAUUGUAUGCCACUCCUGGUGCAAAAAUUCAAGCAGUUUUAUCUUAGUUUGAUGGCUUGUGAUCAUCCAUCUUUUUAGUUUGGUAAAUCAAGGAAAAACAUUAUCAUUAAGUGGCCUCUUAUUUUUUCCAGAGCUGUAUGGUAAAGAUUAUAUGUUGUCCGGCUGUAUUUAAACCUGAAUUAGGAAACAAUCCUAAACCCCUCCAAAAAAUGCACUUUAGUAUCUUGACAUUUUCAAACAGCAUAGAAUCAGUAUUUACACAUUCUGGACCCUAUCUUAAACCCCAGCAAUAGUCUAUUUUCACGCCUUGUGUCUAAGCCAUUAAAAUAGCAUCAGAGUUAAGGAAUAAAUCUACACCGGUGGGCGUGGUGGUCUGAAAGUGAGGUGUGUUCAGGUAAAUUUCUAGCGACGGAAAACACAGGUGCACCACUGACUGAUUAAAACCCUGUCAACAGUCAAUAGUCACCCAUCCAUACCUCUCUCAGCUACGCAGGUGCACCCAGUGUGUGUACACCCUCAUACCUUACACACAAACAAACAAACUGCAGAGCACAAACCCAACUUUUACAUCAACAAUAAACAAUAUAAAGAAUAAAAUAACAUUGCUGUUCCUUCAAAUGAGCUGCUGGUGUUUUAACGCACCAGUCAGAGCACACCUGGUAGGGAAUGAAAACUGGCACACUGAUUGGUUUAUUUCAUGUUACACCCAAAACACACCUAUGAUUAAUUAAGAUUUUUCUUUACAGUGGUGAUGGUAGGGGGGAAAAGGGUUGCCUUAAGUACCAUCUAAAACCACCAAUGAACUUGUUAUUAUAUGUUGUUAUUAUGUGUUGCCCUUUGUGGAAUGAACAAUGCAAUAACAGAUAUAAAAAUAUCAGCUCUGGAAAAAAAAUGAGACCACGUCAAAAUGAUCAGUUUCUUUGAUUUUGUUAUUUUUAGGUAUAUGCUUGAGUUCAGAAAUCAAUAUUUGGUUAAAUAACCCUGGUUUUCAAUCACAGUUUUCAUGCAUCUUGGAAUAAACCUCCACCAGUCUUACACACUGCUUUUGGAUAACUUUAUGCCACUCCUGGUGCAAAAAUUUAAGCAGUUCAGUUUGGUUUAAUGGCUUGUGAUCAUCCAUCUUCCUUUUAAUUAUAUUCCAGAGGUUUUCAAUUUGGUAAAAUUAAAGAAACUCUUCCUUUUAAGUGGUCUGUUAUUUUUUUGCAGACCAGUAUAUAGAAGGCAAAAGCUUGUUUUAACUAGCAUAAGCCAAUUUUUAUUUUUAAUGAACUUGUGCAAUAGGAGUAUUUUGGAGACAUUAAAUUCUCCAUAUGUCUUUUGCCAAUGUGAACAAGAAUUUGGACUUCAAUUCCUAUACUUUUCAACAUUUCACACCAAACCACUCUAAAUUAAUUACUUUAUAUUUUAGCGAUUAAUUUAAGCCACAUUUUUGAAGGGUUGGUGGAAUUUCCCUUUAAGCAGCUUGCGGAUGUUGGUUACUCUCGGCUGAGUUUUGCACUAAUUUUAGUUUUCAUGGGUUCGUAUAGUUUCAGCUUUUACAGUGAUGAGUUCACUGUCAUGUUGCUGAUGUGAUGCUUUUUCAGGUCCCUGUCUACCUCUAAAACAACUAAUACAAUUACCGUCAGUUUCAGCCAAUCCACAGAGAGGCUGCAUCGAGCCUUGAAGCGUGAAUUAUGAACUAUGGAACCACAACAAAUGAUGUAUAGCACUUAAGGUACUUACACAGGUUCAGACAUGCCUUACAGUCCACUGUUAACUGAGGGAACCCGUUUUCCAUACUGAGUCUAUGGCUAUGUUCACAUUAGCAGGCUGAAGUCACCCAGCUCUGAUUUUAUGUGGAAAAAGAUCUGACUUUUUAAGUCAUUUUCAUUUGUGGCUCUAGAUCUGAUACAUAUCAGAAUUAUUGAUAUUAGACAUGAAUGUUAAUGGUCAGUGUCAAUUUAUGCACCUUUUUAUGGAACCCAUUUUUGCCACUUGAAAAAAUAAGGGUCCUCCAGAUUAUAAGUCAUUAUUAUGAGGUAUUAAGUCAUAAUAAUGAGAUUAAAAGUCGUUAUUAUAAAAUACUAGGUCAAUAAUGACAUUAGAAGUCGUUAUUAUGAGAUACUAAGUCAUAAUAAUGAGAUUAUAAGUCAUUAUGAUAAGAUACUAGGUCAGUAAUGACAUAAGAAGUCGUUAUUAUGAGAUACUUAUGAAGUCAUAAUAACGAGAUAGUAAGUCAUUAUUAUGAUAGAGUCAGUCAUAACAAUAAUAUGAUAAGUGAUUAUUAUAAUUUACUAAGUCAUUUUAAUGAGAUAAUAAUUCUGAGAUCUAAUAACUUUGAUAUACUAUCUCUUAAUAAUGACUUACUGUAUGAUAUUGACUUCUAAUCUCAUUAUUAUGAUUUAUUAUCUCAUAAUACUGAUUUCUAAUCUCAUUAUUAUGAUUUAUCUCAUAAUACCGACUUCUAAUCUCAUUAUUAUGAUUUAGUAUCUCAUUAUUAUGACUUUUAAUCUCAUUAUUGACUUAGUAUCUCAUUAUAGUGAUUUAUAAUCUCAGUAUUAUGACUUAGUAUCUCAUUAUUAUCAAUUAGAGACUCAUAAGAAUGACUUAGUAUCUCAUAAUAAGGACUUACUCUCUCAUUAUUAUGACUUAGUAUCUCUUAAAAAUGACUUUGUAUGUCAUUAUAAUGACUUUGUGUCUCAUUAUUAUUAAGUAGUAUCUCAUUAUCAUGGCUUAGUAUCUCAUAAAAAUGACUUACUAUCUCAUAAUAAGGAUUUACUAUCUCAUUAUCAUGGCUUAGUAUCUCAUAAUUAUGACUUACAAUCUCUUUAUAAUGGCCAAGUAUCUCAUAAUAAUGAUUGACUGUCUCAUAGUAUCUCAUUAUUAUGAUUAUGCUGGAGAACUGAAUUAUAUUUUCUAUUGGUAGAAAUGGGCUUUCAUAACUUUU